GUUGUGGUGGCGGCGGCGGCGGCACGUGAUGUUUACACCAGCGGCCAGGGAGGCUCCCACACUAGCUCCUCCUGCCUCCCAUUAUCACCCUCCCCUUCACACACACUCUCACGCCACCCUACAUCUACCUCUCACUUAUAACACCAACCUACUUCACCAAAUACCAGGAAUAUUAAUGGCAAUAUGACGGGUGUGGUUGAGACAUAAGGGAGCGAGUCUACAGUAGCGUGUCUGGCAGCGAGUGAUGGAGCUAUGGAACAAGCUCUUCACACACCGCAGGAAAAAUGAAAUUACCAAGAUACACAAGGUUCCGGCUCCCGCGACCCACAGCUCUCACCACCAGUCCUCGGCUGCACCUCCACCGUUCCACCUCCAGAAGGACGGUGUUAGAGUUCUCUUGUUCCGAGAGUGUGACUCCAGAGGACGCAAGUUGUUAUACGACUCCAAAACUGUGGUACGAGUGCCCGUUGCAGAGAACUGGUCGGCGCCUCCUUCGUGCAAGGCAUUAUUGAAGAAUAGCUGGAGCAGCGGACCAGCUGGCAGCAUAAUGCUCUCCAACACACAACUCUCACAGCACAACUCAACCACAACUUCAUCCAGUAAUGUCAAAUCCUCAACACUUUCCUCUAAAUCUGAUGGCUUUGUUGAGAUGAGCAGUGGCUUUGGUUAUCAGUACCGGCAGCAAGAAAGCGAUACCAAGUCACUGGGAGAGCUGGUAUUUGGUACCGUGGCCCUGGCGUACAGGGGCCCCAGCUCCAAGCUGCACCUCCUUCACAACCCUCUCCGUGUCCUUCUCUCUCGCAUCGCUCCUGCACCAAACUCUCACCUGCGACCUUCCUGUGCCGGCAGUGAUCAGGGGAUAGAAGAUGCAUCAUUCAGCAGUUCAAUCAGCUCGUGGAGUGGAAGCACUUCACGUACAGAGAGCCUUGAAGCACCAUGGGGACCUGGAGGUUUUGGAGGAACCCAAACUUGGGCAGUGGAAAUGCCUCAUUUACUUAGCACAUCUCACAGUGAAGGGGAUUCAGGAUUUGGUGGGCCCCCGUCUCCUUAUUCUUCCACCUGUGGCUCGUUUCUUUCUCCGCCAUCUAUACCCAACACCCCAGUAGGCACACCCUCCUCACGCCAAGGAUCAGGCAAUAGUCUCAAGCAUUCAGGUAGCCUUAAUAGCCUACAGCGGCGCUUUUUGCACAAUGUCAACACCUCUCUAGAAGCUCUAGGACGUGAUAGUGAAAUGCAAGAGGAAGGAAGUAGUUCCUCACUGCAGCCUGGACGUCGUGCCACCAAGUUGGGCAUUGCUGUCAUUAUUCAACUUGGCAAUGGUGUGUCUGAACUUGAGAGGCAGUUGGAAGAAUGGAUAUUUCUUCACCUUACUGUAAUUGAGUCAUUAAUGAAUAAACUGCAAUCAUCACUGGAUGCUGCGUACUUGCACCGCCAAAGCUUCGUCUCCAGCACCCAUCAAGCGGUGACACAGCUUCAGCAGGAUAUAAUAGAUAUGGUGAGUGGGCCACGAUUGUGCCGACCUGUGUGGUUAGGACUGCUGGGGAAGCCCUCGGCAAGUGAUCGGCAAGCCCUUUGCUCCACCUUCGUCGAUACCCUUGCCUCAGUACUUAACACUUUUGAUACCAAGCAGACAAAUUUCUUUGUGAGCAAGUUAUUAACGGCAGUAUUAACCCACCAUCUCGGGUGGGUGUCGACAGUUGCUCCAGCGGACCAGGGGGCUUCCUCAGCAGCAGGGAACACCACUGUCUCCUCAGCAACAUCUGCAUCCUUUACUGCUCUCACUCAUCCAUCAUGGGUUGAACGCCUCAAUGAAUCUCAUCCGUAUAAUGCUGUCUGGGCACAGCUGUGUGAAUUGAAUGGUGCGGUGGGGUACCCUCCUCGUGCAGCUCGGACACUUCUUGUGGGCUCCAAUGCUACCCUUCUGGCCCAGCUGCUCACCAUCCUGUCAUAUGUGAUUCGCUGUUCUCAGGUUGUUGAGCAAGACAUGGAGUGUCACCAGCUGGGAAAUCAUACAUCAGUAGAACCGCCAUCAUGCUUUUCUUGUACAUCAUCUGUGUCAUCCAUUGUCACCAUUGUGGAGGGUGGCAAGAGAGAGACUCAGAAGGAUUGCACCAGAGAUACUAAACAGCUUCAAAAUCGACAGUUGCAGAGAGAGUCAAGUAUCAGACGGAGUUGGAGAAUGAACAGGGAAGGAUGCAGUGGCAGGUUUCUUUCUUCAGAGUCCCGGGGAGACAGUACUUCUGAAUUAGCCAUGAGGUCUGCUGGUCAUGUUCUUACUGAUGAAUUUCAGCAUGGGUCUGAAUGUGAACCAGAGCCUUUACCAGUAAGCCACCAGCCUCCAAAAAAAGCAGAUCAGACUUCCAAGUGGAUGCUAAAUGAUGAUGAGGAGAUUGUAAUCAAAGGUGUUAAAUAUAAUGAAGACUCAUCCUGCAAUAUAAUUAAUCAAAAUAAGGUUAGUUUAGAAAAGAAGGAUAAGGAACUUUUGGAGCCAGAAAGAAUGAUACUUUUGCCAUCACAUGGCUUUGGUAAAACUUUAUCAACCUGCAAGACAUCAAGAAAUCUUGCAUCAUUAGGAAGUGAUGUUGGUAGCAAAUCAAGCCCAAAUAUUAUAAACUCUACCGAAUGUAAUAAUGUAAAGGCUGUGAAAGGAAACGCAGAACGUCUCUAUCCAACAUUGUAUGAAUUAGACGAUCACAAGGAAACAUUUGGGCCAGUUAUACUAGAACCAGAAAUAAUUGCUGAAAAAGUGCAAAAACUCUUCAGAGUGCCAGCUCCAUGUUCUGGUUCACAAGAGCUGAAUCAAGAAAGAUUAAUUUCAUCAUCGUCACCUCGUAGUGUUGUUCAAAAUCUUGAUUAUGUUAAAGUAAAUGAAGAAAAUUAUGCAUUACAGCCUGUGAGAUGCAUUACAACUUUGCCACGGACCAAAAAGUUGCAGCCCUUAAAUUAUGGUUUUGUGUGUGAUGGAGCAAGCUACAGUGACCUACCACAAUUAAGUCCGACUGUAACUGAUGAUCAAAUAAAAGAGAGAAGCAGUGAUAAAUAUGUUGGUACAGAUGGUGAUGAAAGGUUAUCAUUUGAUGAAGUUACUGUUCCAGCAACAGAUAUUCAUCCAGAGAUAGAAGAAGGAGGGAGUGUCUUGUAUUUAUUAGAUGAUGACACUCUCAAAGAACAGUGCAAGUCCACUACAAUAGAACAGAAUGCCAACUCACAAUUAAAGUUUGAAACAGGAUGUCAAACCCACAUUAGCAGGGAGGGUAAAUUUACAACAGCCAUUGGAUUUGAAGGACUCGGUGUUAUUGGUGGCGAAGCGUGUUGUAAUUCAGGGACUCCAGAAGUAACUCGAGUAAGUUGCUUGCCCAAGCCUCUAGAUACUAGAAAAGUUAUCAGAACUAUAAAUGUAGGAAGGGAUUCUGGUAGAGACCUAACUAAACUUCAAAGAGAAUGUGCUGUGUAUCCAUCACUAAGUGACUUCAAGCAGGACUUGAGAAUUUAUAAAGGUUGUAGUACUGGUAAAGGUGGGAAGUUGGUGACCAAAACACACAGGAGACAUCACAGUGAUCCCACUAAUGGAGAUUAUGCUUACACAAUGCCUCAACCUUUAAUAGGUGUUAUUGAAGAGCAGGCAAUAGUACAAAAUAAACUUGUAUUAGACAAGAACAUAUCACAGCUUAAUGUUGCAAGUAGUGUUGACAGUGAGAUCAAAAGAUUACGUUGCCAACAGGAAGCCUCACCAAGAACUGUUGUGAGUAGUGUUGGUAGUGAGAAUGAAAGAUUAGGUUGCCAGCAAGAAGCCUCACCAAGAACUGUUGUGAGUAGUGUUAGUAGUGAGAAUGAAAGAUUAUGUUGUCAGCAGGAAACAUCACCAAGAACUGUUGUGAGUAGUGUUAGUAGUGAGAAUGAAAGAUUACAUUACCAGCAGGAAACAUCACCAAGAACUGUUGUGAGUAGUGUUAGUAGUGACAAUGAAAGAUUACAUUACCAGCAGGAAGCCUCACCAAGAACUGUUGUGAGUAGUGAGAAUGAAAAAUUUUGUCAGCAGGACACAUCACCAAGAACUGUUGUGAGUAGUGUUAGUAGUGAGAAUGAAAGAUUAUAUUACCAGCAGGAAGCCUCACCAAGAACUGUUGUGAGUAGUGUUAGUAGUGAGAAUGAAAGAUUACUGCACCAGCAGGAAGUCUCACCAAGAACUGUUGAAGGUGCUCCCAGUAUUGGUAACAAAAGUCUGCCUCCUGAUAUCAACAAUGAAUCUUCUGGCACUUACAAUUUAUGUACAAAGAAGGAUUCUACAAAUGAAGUCUCGAAAGAAGUCGGCACUGCCUGUGUCAGCGAAUUGCCGGUUAACAUCCAGAUGCCCAGGUGUACGUGCGUGGGCUGCAGCCCAUCAGGUGCUUCACAAUCCAGAAGCAUCAACUGCAAUAAGGGCAUCAGCAUCAAGAGCAUCAACAGCAGUAAAAGCCCGGAAAAUAGUAGCAUCGGCUGCAGUCUUGCAGGUUCAUUGUUUGGGGGUGUGAUAGACCAUUAUUCAUCAGUGUUUGUUGUUCAUGCUACCACCCAGACCCACCAGUGGGAGGAUGCUCUCAGACACGACCUCUCUGCUGCUGCCCACUGCUCCACUUUGGAUCAGCAGGUGGCAGAGGCUGUUGCUGUUGUCGCCGACACAAACACUUGGGAGGUGCAGGUGAUGUCAUCUCACACGUACGUUGUGGAACACACUGGCUCUGGGGGUCAAGUGGGUCCAAGAGUCGGCAUGUCUCCCUUAGUGUCGGCCAUUACGGACUCUGUGCUGGACCUUGCUCGCAUGGCUGUUGGACCUCAGUUUAUCAUGCAACACUUCGAGGAACGCCUAUGUGAACUAUACCUCAAGUCACAGCUGUUGGCAGAGUACUUACUGGGAGGAGCUGGUGCUUCCUUAAGAGGCACUGAAGCUGCACUGAGCCCCUACCACUUGCCAGAAUUGACACGUGCUCUGGGCUUUGACCUCAAUGACUUGCCACUAUUGUUGGCGGUUGCCUCAACUCACACGCCCGCCCUCACUCGCAUGUUUGGCUUGUCAAUCAAGUAAUCUGUGUAUGAGGCUCAGACAUUCAUUGAACCACAAUGUGUGAAAAAAGAAGUAUGUGUUAUUGAUGAAUGGUAUAUUUCAUAUUUUAGUACUCUGUGGUUAGUUACUGAUGACACUUAUUUUCAAGUCAGGAAUUACAAUGUUCAUAUUGUGAUUGUAUAAAGCAUACAACUUCAUAGUAAGCUAAAUAAGCUGCUGUUCAUUCAUGCCAGGAUGUAUCAAAUUCUGUUUUUUUGUACUCUCCUACACUGUGCAGUGUAUGUUGGUACAGUACUCUCUUAUACUGUGCAGUGUAUGUUGGUACAGUACUCUCUUAUACUGUGCAGUGUAUGUUGGUACAGUACUCUCUUAUACCGUGCACUGUAUGUUGGUAUUACAGUAUCUUAUACUGUACAGUGUAUGUUGGUAUUAUCCUACAGUGUAUGUUGGUAUUAUCCUACAGUGUAUGUUGGUACUAUCCAACACUGUACAGUGUAUGGUUGUCAUGACACUAUCACUGUGAUGGUUGUCAUGACACUAUCACUGUGAUGGUUGUGUCAUGACACUAUCACUGUGAUGGUUGUCAUGACACUAUCACUGUGAUGGUUGUGUCAUGACACUAUCACUGUGACGGUUGUGUCAUGACACUAUCACUGUGAUGGUUGUGCCAUGGCACUAUCACUGUGAUGGUUGUGUCAUGACACUCUCGGGACCUUUCAUUUUACUGAUGAGAUUUGCUGUGCAAAAUCAUUUUUAUAUGGAUUUACCCCCAAUAGAGUACUGAUAAUUGUUAUAAUAUGAAUGUAACUAUAGGACAUAAUAGUGGCUGUUCAGAUGAACACAACCACAGUAUAUGCUGGCAGAACAGCAAUAACAUUGUGAAUAAGAAAAUGAUAAUGUGCAUGACAAUCAUAAUAAUAAUAGAACUGCAGAGUACAAGUAAAUUAUAACGUCCGAUAUUAUCAAGGUGGGACAUGGAAUAUUUGUAGCAGAGACUUCAGCAAUACUUCCCACUCCUUGAGGUGGUCAUUUGGACGUGACAAUAGUUGUGCUCUCAUUUCCCGCAGGACGCAAGAGCUGCACAAAAGGAGGAUAGUUGUUUAGGAACUAACUCGAGUUACAGACUCGGCAUGCCACAUUAACAUUACAGGGGAAACAUCACACAUCUCAGGGACCAGUUUAUAACAUAAGGAAGCUUUGACAUUGUUUUGAAACACCUUCCUGGUCACUAUUCAUUGUUAUUCUUAACAGGAUCUCAGAGAAUGUUUAAGUAAGGGUCUUGAAUUAUGUGUUAAUUAUGUUUUGUGGGGUGGGAUUGUAUAUUUAUUAUGGCUUAGCUGUGGUUUAUGUGUAGGCUGUGGCCCAUGUACAGGUUGUGGUCUGUGUGUAGGCUGUGGCCCAUGUACAGGUUGUGGUCUGUGUGUAGGCUGUGGCCCAUGUACAGGUUGUGGUCUGUGUGUAGGCUGUGGCUUAUGGUACUGUAUGUGUAAGCAGACAAUCACCACUAUUAUAAUGGUAAUUUAAUUUAGGAUUGUUAUUGAUUGCAAAUAUAUAAAAUAAUCAGUUGAUGAUAUCUAUGAUUAUUAUGCAGUACAGUAUAUGUAACCCCAUGUAUAUGUGUAAUAAAUAAAUAUAUAUAUAUAUUAUAUAUAUAUAUAUAAUAUAUAUACAUAUAUAUAUAUAGUGUGUAUAUUAUAUACAUAUAUAAAUAAUGGGAUACAUUAAACACAUGAACCCUUCAUCCGGCACACAUGAGCACACACCCAGGUGAACACACCCCCUCCGCAGUGCUUCAAUAGUGUUCAUAUUUAUGCGAUGAGAAAUGCAUACCAAUUUUUGGUUACAAUGGUCACAUUAUAAAUGCAUUUUUACUUUAAGGCAAUGUUAAAACUGGUAUACGUCAGCUUUAGAAUAAUUCUGAAAACACUUUGAGUAUGAAUGCUUACCAUUCAUACUUCCAAUUACAGUGCAUUGUAGAGUGACUUUGUAAUGAGCAGACCAGAGAUACAUGACCUGUGUGACAUAGUCUGGACACUCAUGUACACAGUGAUUCAUUGCAGUUUCUGUAUACAGUUUUGCCUUUUUACUUUUACAACUCGAUAAUUGGUUGAGAUGCACAAAGUUUGUUAAAACAUUAGCAAGAACAGAUAGUUGCACGUACAUCUCGGGAUUUUAUCAGGUUUCGGAAUUUAUUAAAUAUAGUAUUUUUAAGUGAUUUGAUGACCACAUGCUAAAUUGUUAAAGAUUUUUUAAUUUCUUAUAGUAGACAUGUGUUUUGUUGUUAUUACAAUUAUUAGCUGAAAGGGAUUUAAAACUGAUGGUAAAUGAAGUCUUCCAUUGACAAAUAUUUUGUAGAUAAAGGAGUGAGUGGACUGAGCAAUGGCAGGACUACUGUUGUGUGUAGAUGGCUGUGUGUGGCCACACACACACACACACACACACACACUGCUCCACUUGUUGUCCUCGGUCAGUUUUUCAGCUCAACCUUGUUCGAGUUUUCACUGUUUUCUCAAUCUCUUUAUUUUUCUUUAUUUUCCUCAUUUCUUUAAUUUGUAUUUGUAAUGCUAAUUUAUUUCCAUGUAUUUGCUAAGAUAAUACUCAUCCUUUCUGCACUUUGCUUAUCAGUGCAAGAAACAGGGUCACUCUGCCUCACUUUAUAAUGGCUAAACCAACAUGUGGAACAUUAGAGAAAUUUUCAAGUACUUCCUUACAAGUUUUUUUAUUAAAGCUUGAAGCUUUCCCCAAUCUGGGAAAGAUUGGUUUUGGGCCACAUUGUUAAACAGAGGUAAGUUUCUGGUAGAAGUAGUAAGGUAUCUAAAGAUUUAGAUCCAUCUGUGAAGCAAAUGAAGUGCUCUCUACUGUAAAGUGUGCUAAGCUCAGGGAUUUAAACAUAGGUGUUGCACCUUUAUAAGAAAAACUGGUAAGUAGCAGUGUGUUUACAUUAAUCCACAUCUCAAGUGUUAUUUUCUAGCUGAAGCUGUGAUAUGGGCUGUGAUUUAUGUCCAAUUUUGUAUUGAACUUUGGUAUGUUAAUAAUAUGAACUAAGGAAGGUUGUAGAUAUUUAUAGUUGGUAGAUUAUUUGUAUGAUUACUUUACACAUAGGGCAAGUGUGCUUAUCUUUCAGUGACCGGGGGGAGUGAGAUCUAGCUCUUUCUGUUCUGCCUCUCUAACUAUUUAUACCUGUCAUGCUAAUUUCUUCUCACAAUAUUAACGUUUUCAUCACAUUUUUAUUACAGUUGUGGAUGUAAUUGGCUUCUGUAUGAUUAUUACACACAUGGGGAAAAAGUGUGUAUAAUUACUAUACACCUUGGAGAAGUGUAUGUGUGUGUCAUUACUAUACACAUGGGUAAGAGAAAGAGAGAGAUUUUGUCAAGGCUGCUGAUGCUAAUGUGUUUUGGCAUAUAAAUUGAGGGCUGUAUUCUAAACUGACCUUUUUUUUCAUUUUUCCUUAAAUUUAAAUUCACACAUUAACCUUCCUGCAAACUGCCUGUACCAUGAACAAGAAGAUACUGUCAUUAUAAUGACUGGAAUUAGUGAUGCUAUAGAAUGUCUGAAGUUUUAAUUAGUGAUAAAGGAAACAAUGUUGUCAUUUUGGCACAAGACCUAGAAGAGAAACAUGGAAGAAGGCGAGAUGAUUCAUAAUCUAAAACUUCUCACCGCCACUGGACUUGCCUUCUCUAAACUUUUUCUGGAGGGGCCAAACGGUGGCUUCCUGUAGUACUGAGACAGCUUCUCACAAGAGUCGCAUCAGCCCUAGUACCUUAAAAAGCCUACCAGAGACCAGAUCCAGAAUCUGGCCCACUCAGAGGCACAAAGAGCAGGGAAUUGUCAUGAUCACCCUCGGCAAGGAAACAUCCAGUAAGCAAGUGAAGCAAAAUGAACAACUGCAAGGUUCACAGGUAAAAGAAAACUGAAGCAGCAAAUGACUACAAAUAUUCUGCCCAGUAGUUUGAAUCCUCAUUAUUUACAGCUGGCCAUCAUUAGGUGGCAGCACCCUGGUAGCUGUAGGCUCCCAUGUUGACACAGUUCUUCAGUCCUUUCACUGUUGUCCACCUGUAUUGAUUUUUUUUUUUUGAGUUUCCAGCCUUAGUGGUAUCUCGGCUGUUUCUAAAUAUGUGCCGGCAGUCCUUUGGAUUCUGUCCAGCGAGAGCCAUUUUCUUGUGUAUCAUUUCAAAGUUUAGAGAUAGCUUCACAUGCUUGUGUUUACAAGCCUCACUUGUUGUGCUGACAUUGGUUACAUUUCACCUCAAGCUGCAUGUGCCUAGGGCUGCUCUUCCCUAGGUACUUGUUUGGCAUUGUCCCUGCCCUAACAGGGUGACUUCUCCAGUGGGUUCAGGAGUUCAUCCCAUAGAGGCCGGCCUACUGUGUAGGGUGCCUCACCCAGAGUAGUACAAGGGUCCUUGACCUCUCUGAAAGGCUCUGAGGCUGGAGACAUUUGGGUUUUAUUGAUUUUGGGAUGUACUAAGCCUGCAAUAUUUGCGUUUACUGGAUCUUGAUUCUUGAUUCUAACAGUCUUCUUCAAGACAGGAGGCUUAUCAGGCAGUAGCUGCUUUAUGAAGUCUUUUUUCUCUUGUUUGUUGAUUGCCUGGAUGCCCUGGAGUUGGCUUUUAUGGUGUUUAGAGAUUCAGAAUUAGGGAAGUUGGGGAUUUGGAGACAUCUAUUUCUCAGGGGUUGGGGGGUGGGGAAAGGUAUGCUUAACUCGAGUCCAUUAGUUUUAAAUGAUGACUUCCUGUCUGAUCAGGUAUCAGACAUGAAACAUGGCUCUGCUCUCUAUUUGUGAUUAACCGGAGCGAGGGGAGAGAGUCCAAGGAAGGUCACUGGGUGCCUGAUUCCUGAGCCAUAGUGUCAUCUAGCCUUUGCCUCUUCUAGUUCUUGAGUGUUGCAGAAGAGUGCUUCUGCUCAGGGUUUUUUUUUUUUAGUCAGCAUUUUUGUGAUUCGCCCAUUUCACAUCUGGCAUUUUUUGCUACUUCCUGGUCCCACACUUUGUGGGCUUUCUGAAUGGUAUUGGUUCUCUUCCCCUUUCUUCCAGUAGAUUCAGGAGUCUUGAAUCAGGAGUUCUCUCUUCAGCUCCACAAAGUCAUCAUGACUUGUUUGGAGUCUGGCAUGGGCAAGCUAAUCACCUCUCUUAGGUGGGUGUUCCAGUUGUUCCAAGACCCUAAGCAGGAUUCUGUAGAACAAUUGGUACAUUUUCAACGUCAUGGGAUUGUACUGCUUCUUUCCUUGCCUGACCUUUCACAUGGCAGUGUUAGCUUAGAAUACCCCCGUUGAAAAGCAGAGGUGCAACAGGUACUCUGAGAGAGAACUCUAUCAACAUCAGAGGCCCGAGACUGUUCAACACGCUUCCACUACACAUAAGGGGCAUAACUGGCCAACCCCU